AUGUUGGGUCUCAAACCCCGUCUGAAGUCUCCCGGUCUGGACCGGAGGUUUCACUCUGAAGAAUGGAAGGUCUCUACAUUAACAGCAGCUCACAGGACCAAAGCUACGAUUACAGCACACCACCUCCAACUACCAGAAAAACAGCAGCACCACCUCCAACUACCAGAAAACAGCAACAUAACCUCUGACAACUAUAUUGAAGUGGUGGUAUACAUAAUCGUUGCUGUCGGCCUUCCUCUGACCCUGGUGGCCAUCUAUUCUCUUUAUUCUAUGGUGAGAAGUGAACAUGUUGCUCCCAUCUACGUCAUCAACCUUCUCAUUACUGACAUCCUUCAGUUCUGCUGCAUGAUCGUUCAGGUGGCACCAAAUGUGGUUUGGAAUAUAAAGAUAAUCUUCUCAGUUAUUUACCUCUCUGCUCUGAUUGCCAGUGUUUACUUCAUGGUCUGCAUCUCCCUGGAAAGGUAUUUGGUCAUCGCCCACCCACUGUGGUACCGCUUCAGAAGAACCAUCAAGACCUCUGUGGUGGUCUGUGUCCUGGUCUGGGUCCUUUCUCCUGUCUCUGCCGUCUGUUUCUAUUUCACUUAUGUCAGAUACACACUCGCUGCCCUCCUCCUCCUCCCUCCCUUCCCUCUGUUAAUCUUCUUCCUGGUUGGGACCCUCAAAGCCCUGUCUGCUUCCAUCUCGGUCCCCUCUGAUGAAAAACGACGAAUUGUGGGAAUUUUGGUUCUGGUGCUGCUUAUUUACACUCUGCUGUUCCUGCCCAGCAUCAUUUAUUACCUGGUAGAAAACCAUCACCCGACCCUCUACUUCCUGUCUCUCAUCUUCCUGAGGUUGAGUCCUCUUGCAGACUUGUUCCUGUAUGUCUUCAUGAGGAAAGGGUUCAUAGACAAGCUUUUGGCCUCUGUGUGUUGCUGCAGAAUGGACAGCAAUGAU